GAUCGAAACAUCAGCAGCACACCUUUCUUCACUUUGACAUUUAUCGUCAGGCUCCUACAGCUCAAUCAACAUGUCUAUUACCCGUCAAAUUACCAUUCAAGCCGAUGGCCCAACCCUGGCCAAGCUGGGAGCGAGCCAGUUCCAGCUUCACGUAGCCAAAAGCGUGAUUGGAAGUGAUGGUCAGCUGACCUUCAAUGUUGUCUGGCAGUCCAAGGCUCUUCAGCCAUUUGUUGACAUUAAAUGGACGCCCGAAUAUGGUAUGAACUGGACGGCCGACUCUCCCCAAGACGGUAUCUCGGUCACGAUCCGUGGAAUUUGGCAGGCUUGCAAGCCCGGUCAGAUCUUCGAUCUCAAUGCUCAGGGAGUGUGGACGAAAUCUGCAUCUACCCCUGUAAAAGACUUUAUGGCUAUCGGAAAUAACGAUUUCUAUACUGAUGAUGCCCCAAACGGCAUCCACGUUAUCAUCGGUAUUAAAAAUAAGUCCGGCAGCUUCGAUCCCAUCUUCAUGAACCCUACGGCGAUGGGUAAGGGCAUGAAUGCCACUUUCCAGCCACAAGAGCAGAUGCAGUGGUGGUAUGCGGCCGGUGCCAAGUCCGCAACUAUGUUCUCCAACGUCUCAUCCAGAGUUGAGACAGCGGACUUUUCUUCGGCGGAUCCAAAUACUAGUUCGUACAAGAAGCAAUCGUCAUAUGGCUUCGAACAAGGAGUUUGGUCCACCCAAGCUAUUGCUUGAUUCCGACAACAGGAGAAUUAACUCAAGCAUGGAUACAUCUGUUGCUUUAUAUAUCAGCUUCAUUAUAUAUCAGCUUCAGCUACUGAAUCUAUAUUCACCUGGGGAAGCAGUUAGUUUGGGUAACUACUAGUUAUUUAUUCAUAACUAAUUUCUCAUGAGAACUUGUCCCGAAU